CCGGGGUGGCCUCGAUGUCCCCGCUCCGCGCCCCGCGAGCAGCAGCACCAUCGGCCCGGCUCCACCUUAACCGGAGCGGCCGCGCCGCGCUGCCCGCGCCCGGGCGGCUCCGGCGGAGCGCAGGGGCGUUUAUCUCGCCCGGGAUCAGCCAAUAUUUGUGGCCACGUCAGGAGAACGAGCCCAUCCUCGCCCCGUGCUGCCGCUCAGUCCAGCUCCGCCACCCCGCUCCGUCCCCGGGGCGCUGCCGCCGGCUCAUCCCAUUCUGCUUCUCGGACACUGCUGGGACUCCCACGCUGUCACCUCUCGCCACCGAGAUGACGGUCACCGUGGCUCUCCUCCUCCUGAGCCUCCUGCGGACGGCUGCUGCCAAGGGCGAGUGGUGCCCGGCCUGCGGGGUGGCCGCGCUGGCCCCCGGGGCGCAGCGGGACGCGCUCCUGGCGCUGGCCAAGCAGAGCAUCCUGGCCAAGCUCCGCUUGCCCGGCAGGCCCAGCGUGCCGCAGCCGCCGUCCCGGGCCGCUCUCCUGACCGCGCUCCGCAGGAUGCGGGAGCAGCGCUCGGACCCUCCCGGGAUGCCCCGGGACGGCCGCGUCCCUGCCCGGCCCGGCCCGGGGCUGCAGGAGUACGAGAUGCUGAGCUUCGCUGAGCCGGGAUCCUCCACUUCCCGCAGCGUCCACCUGCAUUUCCGCUUCUCCCAGGAGGUGGCCGGGAGCACUGAGAUCCAGCAGGCCACCCUCUACCUGUUCUGGGCCGCCCCUGGCCGCGGGGCACAGCCCGUCACCGUCAGGCUCCUGCGGCCGGACCCGGCGGGGCCAAACAUGACAGUGGCCAGCGAGACGCGGCUGGAGGUGCAGAGACCCGGCUGGACCACGCUGGACGUUGGAGCAGCUGUCCGGAGCCUCUUCGGACAGGAGACGCCGCGGCUCACGGUGGAACUGGAGGUGCCAGAGGACUGGGGUUCCCCUCUCCCAUCCGACCACAGUGAUUCCCACUGGCCAUUUGUGGUGGCCCAAGCCCAGGCCAGGACACCCCACCGCGUCCGUCGGCGCGGCGUGGAUUGCGGCGCGGACUCGCGGAUGUGCUGCCGCCGGGAAUUCUUUGUGGACUUCAAGGAGAUCGGCUGGGAGGACUGGAUCAUCCAGCCCGAGGGGUACCACAUGAACUACUGCGCGGGGCUGUGCCCGCUGCACAUGGCCGGCAUUCCCGGCCUCGCCGCCUCCUUCCACACCGCCGUCCUCAACCGCAUCAAGGCGGCGAGCGCGGCGGCGGCCGUGGAUUCCUGCUGCGUUCCCACCCAGCGCCGGCCCCUCUCCCUGCUCUACUACGACCGCGACAGCAACAUCGUCAAGACCGACAUCCCCGACAUGAUCGUGGACUCCUGCGGCUGCACCUGAGCCGUGCCGGGGCGGGAGGGAGGACGGGACGUGGCGGGACGGGGCUCCCUCUUCCCGGCUCCCGGCUGGGAGGGAGGAGCUCUGCCGAGGGGGUUUCUCCUCCUGCGGGUGAAGCACCAAGGGUGAUGCUGAAUGUGCAAGUCCCCUCCAGUCUCACCUCCCACACGGCUCUUUCCCCCUUCGUAUCUGCCCGGGGACUUUUCUCACAGCCCCUCAGACCGGCUCCUGAUGGAGUCCAGAUGGACUGAUGGACUGACGGACUGAUGGACUGAUGGACUGACGGACUGAUGGACUGAUGGACUGACGGACUGAUGGACUGAUGGACGGACGGACUGACGGACUGAUGGACUGAUGGACUGAUGGACUGACGGACUGACGGACUGACGGACUGACGGACUGAUGGACUGAUGGACUGACGGACUGACGGACUGAUGGACUGAUGGACUGAUGGACUGAUGGACUGAUGGACUGAUGGACGGACGGACUGAUGGACUGAUGGACUGAUGGACUGAUGGACUGAUGGACGGACGGACUGACGGACUGAUGGACUGAUGGACUGAUGGACUGAUGGACUGAUGGACUGACGGACUGACGGACUGAUGGACUGAUGGACUGAUGGACUGAUGGACUGAUGGACUGACGGACUGAUGGACUGACAGACUGAUGGACUGACGGACUGACGGACUGAUGGACUGAUGGACUGACGGACUGAUGGACUGACAGACUGACAGACUGAUGGACUGACGGACUGACGGACUGACAGACUGACAGACUGACAGACUGACGGACUGGUGGACUGAUGGACUGACAGACUGAUGGACUGAUGGACUGACGGACUGACGGACUGACAGACUGACGGACUGACAGACUGAUGGACUGAUGGACUGACGGACUGACGGACUGAUGGACUGACGGACUGACAGACUGAUGGACUGGUGGACUGAUGGACUGACGGACUGAUGGACUGACGGACUGACAGACUGACGGACUGACAGACUGACGGACUGAUGGACUGACAGACUGAUGGACUGGUGGACUGAUGGACUGACGGACUGAUGGACUGAUGGACUGACAGACUGACGGACUGAUGGACUGACAGACUGAUGGACUGGUGGACUGAUGGACUGACGGACUGAUGGACUGAUGUACUGACGGACUGAUGGACUGACGGACUGAUGGACUGGUGGACUGAUGGACUGACGGACUGAUGGACUGAUGGACUGACAGACUGACGGACUGAUGGACUGACAGACUGAUGGACUGGUGGACUGAUGGACUGACGGACUGAUGGACUGAUGGACUGACGGACUGACGGACUGAUGGACUGACAGACUGACGGACUGACAGACUGACAGACUGACGGACUGAUGGACUGACGGACUUCUGCCCGAUGCUGCAAAGCCCGGUUCAGGACCGUCCCUCUCCCAUCCCAGCCCAAGGUCCUGGGGCACCCUGGGUGCAGCUAGAUCAGCACAGGACCCACCAGUGGCCACCCUGGGCUGCUGGGGCUGGCGAGGACAGAGGGCAGGGGUCGCCCCCAUGGCCCCACUCAGCUGGACACGCGGCUGAGCAGGGAGAGGAAAGGGAAAUCAAUCCCAGUGGGAGGAAUGUGUCUCUCUCUCCAAGCAUCCCAGCGAGCUGCUGUUCAAUAAAGACUCCCAGUGG